UCGGAGCGUGUUUUGGUCGUGUGCCGCCCGUGGCGCUGUAGUGUAACGUAGGUUUUCGUUAUGUCAAUGCAAAGACAUUAGUAAAAUAGUGACUAAAAGCGCAAUUACGUGUAAUAAUAAUCGAAAAAUGAGUGAUAGCACUUUGUAAAUAGCCAGUAGUUUUAAGUUUUCGCGUCAACAGGCCCGGCAUCAGUGCAAAACCGUGUCAGAGGCGCCUCGUAGCUGCGUAGGCUGGGCGAUGACAUUGGCGAUCAAAGUAAUAUUUCUGUGGGAAUUUACCGUGGAUGUGGAGUGUACUAACGAGGAUUUUCACAAAAAACUCUAACAACGACGGUGGCGGAGACCUAGCGGUCGCCGACGGCGGCACCCCUCAGCCCCCAGACAUGGACGACACCAAACAGGCCAAGCAGCGGGCGUCCGUGAAAUGGCUGCUCUCGAAGGCCUUCAACAACAAAGUGCCCGAGAACCUGCGAGAGCCCUUUUACCGGGAUCACGAGAACCAGGAACGUCUGAAGCCCCAAAUCGUGCGAAUUCUUGCAAACGCCGAAAUCUACUGCAUGGCUUUGGGGAACAUCUACUCGGACCCGAAUUAUCACAAUUUGAACCAUUCGGCGAUUCUGCAGACGUUGGCCAAGAAGGGGGUUUACGUGUCGGAACCGUCCGACGCCCAAAUGACCGAAACCACCCUCAUACAGACGAAUCCGCUGCGGAUGAGCGCUCAUAUGGCCGUCAUCGAGUCGAUAAUGGUGCUUUACGCCCGGGAAGUAAUCACUUCGGAUCGGGUCUUUGCGGCCGUUCAACGCUUCAACGACGGACGCCAACUCCAGGUCCCGGAAAAUCACGAACAGGCCGUUUUCGUAUGGAUGUCACACGCUUGCGACGCUCUUAGAAAAAGGAUCGAACAGGAGACGGAGUCGGGAAUGACGAAUGGUGGAGGAUCGGGCGAUCGAAUGAAACCGCCUGACUUACCCGCUGUCCACGACCUUAAGGAUCUCACAGAUGGCGUUGCGUUAGCUGCUCUCAUAUCGUAUUACUGUCCCGAUGAGUUGCCUUGGACGGACUUGAAGAUUUCCUACGUUCGGAACGUACAAGACAGCUUGUAUAACAUUAGCUUGGUGCAGGAUUUUUGCAACAGGUGUCUGCCGGUUUCCAUCUUUCAUAUUCAACCCGAGGACUUCACAUACAUGCGAGAUUCCAUGAGGUAUAAUCUGAUCGUGUUCCUUGCCGAUCUCUUCAACGUGAUAGAAAUCCAUCCCGCAAAGUGCGUGAGAUAUCCAGGAAUGGAUAAAUUUAACGAGGGUUUUCCCCCACGCAAUGAGCACGGGGUGGCGCAUAAGCGAAACCUACUGCAGACGGUGAUGACACCCAUCCCGGAUCUGCGCAGCGGACUCGAUGAUCCCGCUGCAUCCGCAGCCUUCCAAGUGACGAGAUCGACACCAACCCACGUUGCACUACGUAAAACAAAUUCAUUGCAACAGAGCGUCUCCGAAAUGAGCGAAGACAGUCUUCGUCGCGGUUCGGAAGAAUCGUUCGUCGUUCAUCGCGGUAAAAACAUCCCGACUUUGCGUUCGGUCGUCCAAGACGAACCUUUGAUCCCCGGAAGACUCAAAGUGAACAAAGAGAAACAGAACAACGAUAGUAAAGCCGAUGAGAGGGGCGAAGUUGCCGCGGGAAAACCGAGCAAUUGGGAGGAGAACCGCAAGAGUAGUUUUGCCGGACGCAGGUCGAGGAGGAAUUCCACCAGCGAUGAUUCACAACUUACGAUUGAGAAUUUUGGCGGGAGUCAGGAUAAUCUAAAUUUCAUUGGACGAAAUCCCGAUAAAGAGGUCGGGGUGCACGUGGGCCGCAAAAUCUCGGCGCCUUCUUUCCCGAUCCCGACUGAGAACCCGGCUGUGCGUUCUUCCUUGCAGGACGCUCGCGGUUCGAUCCAAUUAGGUUACGACAACGGCUGUGAAAAACGCGACGACGAAACGGAGAAAUUCAAACUGAAACGGCAGCUCAGCAGCGACGAUAUCUCCCUUCGUAACAAGGAAAAUUUCAUUAAGGACGUUGUAGACGCCGCCGAUUUGACCAAUCGGUUGAGUUUUGCUGAGUUGAAUAAGCAGCGAGCGAUGGGUGGUGCCAUUCAACUCGUCUACAUGCAACACGACAAGGAGGACUUUUCCCCAAAGAAACCGUCUACGAAUGGUAACCCUGAGAAGAAAACUUCCUUUGCCGCGUUACCCAACACCACCACGUGGCAGCAACAAAGCAGCAAUAAUCAACAGUUGGGCGAGAGCAAUGGGGCGAGUGAGCUGGGUCAUGGGACAGUGAAUGCGGCGCAGUUGAACGAUGUGCGGUUGAAGUUGGAGGAGAAGAGGAGGUUGAUCGAGACGGAGAAAAGGAGAGUGGAGUUAGCAAUGAGCAAACAAAGACAGAAGGUUGGAAAAGCGGCGUUUCUGCAAGCAGUGGCUAGGGGAAGAGGUAAUUUGCUAAAAACACCGACUGACGCUGAGUCUAAUUCAAACUCAGCGACGGGCUCUGAAUCUCAAAGUCCUUCCUCAGAAUCCGCUCCUACAAAACCUCAGAGGCCGUUUACGUUACAGGAAAUCCAAGACGAUGCCACUGCUGUCGAACGCAAAUGGCUUGACGAAACGCAACCGUUUAUUGAAACUCGACGAACACCCGAUCUUGAAAACAUGGAUUUGGAACAAUAUCAACAGUCGAUAGCUCAAAUGAAUUCUAGUCUCGGCGAUAUCCAGUCCGACAUUCAAAGGCUGACCUCACAACAGAACCAGAUACAAGCAGCCCAGCAGCAAAGUCUCAUCGUACAACAGCAAAAACAAAUCCAACAGCUCCAACAGCAGCAAUAUCAAAGCAUGCAACAGCAGAUGUACAGUCCGCAGAUUUACCAACAACAAGCUCCACCCAUCUACGCCCCGCCUCUCCAAUCAUCAGCGAGUGCCCCCCAUAUACCACAGUCCCUCUACCAACAAUCACGUAUUCCGGAACAACCACAGUUCUUCCUCCACGAUCAAACUCCGCCCCCCGUCCCUCAAAGACGCACUUGGGCCCAACAACCCACUCCGCCCCCUCAAGAAUUCCACCAACCGGAGUUAAGAACGUGGAAUAAAAUGGGCGGAGGCUUUGUCUUACACGACAAAUACCAAUCGGAUUAUCGCUACAUCGAUAGCCCCAAAUACCAAAACGGCAGCGACGACCACUCGAAUAGCUUCACACUUAGCCAACAACACCACCAACAAGCUUACGGUACUUCACAUAGUACGCCCUCAGCGUCGCCACAACAUCGCAACAUCCAUCGGCAAAUCUCGCAAUUGAUGGACGAAAGUAAACGAUCACCGGUUAGUUUGCAACAAAUGGACCGCAAAUCGAGCGGUGUUACGCACGCGCCGAUCCCUGCGCCCUCUGCCGACGAUAUGGAACCCCAAAAUAUCUCAUUUAUUGGAAAUUCGGAUGAUCAAUUAAGUGAAGGUUUAAGUCGAUUGAAUAUCACUUCGGGUAGUCGGACGUAUCGAAUACCGUCGCCAACACGGCCCUUAAUCACGCGAAAUUCGUUUCAACCUUCACCACCUCCAGAGGUUGAGCCACCUCUAGCGGCCGAAAUUAGUAGCUUAGAUAAGGAUCCAACGAGUCAGAAAGGUUUUUAUAUACAGUUCGAUAACGAUCAACCAAAACGGCCGAAACCACCGUUGCGUACGAAGCGAAGUUCGCCGAAGAAGGAGCGGAGUUAUGUUGAAACGUUGGAAGAGAAUGAGCAAGAAGAACGCUCGAAACAGGAGGAAGAGGACAAGCGAAGGCAAAUGUUGAUUGAACAAGAGAGGGAGAAGUUGAGGGCGCGACGUGAAGCUAGUCAAGAAAGUAAAAAGGUGGCGGCCGCCUCGGCGAUUAUUAUUGAGAAUGAUAAAGGUAAUCCGGACCCGGACGCCGCAGAGCGCAUGAAACAACGCAUCAUGCAGGCGUCCAUGCAACGCAAACUGGAACUGGACGAAGCGCGAGCUCGGAAAGAGGCCGAGGCACAAGCGCGACGAGAGCGCGAAAAGGCCAAAGAAGAAGAACGCGCCCGGAAAAAAGAAGAACAAGCGCAAAGACGUGCCGCCAUAUUAGAACAGUAUAAGUUGAAGAAGGCGAUGGAGGAAGCCGAACGUGAAGGUAAAGUGUUCGAUAAGAGCGAAUUGAUGGGUUCGCUGAAACCGACGCCCAAGAUGCGACCGAAGGCGGCGUCUAGACCCAGGCCCAAGACGAUCCAUAUCGAUAGUGGAUCGGUGGAAAUGGCCGAAGGGAUGAUGCAGCCGAGUCGAGGGAAGAAGGGCUCGACUUCGAAUCUCACAGCUCAUUCGACCAUGAAACGUGAUUAUUAUCGCGGAUCGCAGGAUAGUUUGGCUGAUCGGAGCAUGAGCAGUGGCAUGCUUUACAGAGAUUCGCCCGACGACAGCCGGGGAGUGUCCCCCUGUCACAGCGCCAACCAGACCUUAGGUCGCCGCAGUUCUUACAAGACCAGCAGAGACCCCUCACCUGCCCAGGUCCGUGGCAGACCUAAGUAUUCCAAUUAUCAAAACUUUAAAGGGCGCAAGUCUAGCUCUAUGAUGAACUUGUACGGUUCUAGCACGGACCAGGACAGUUUGGCGUAUCGCUAUGGUGAUACGGACUCAGGGUUGGGUCGGGCUACGCCCCCACGUCGUGCCCCCUCCCCAGGAAUGGGGGGCAGUAUGCGGCACUUAACGUCCCCCUCGGGGCCCGGUAGUCUACCGGGUUUGAUGUCGAAAGGAAGACGAAUUUUCGACGAUGGUGCAAGUGAUAUUAGUUCAACACCGAGUAGUAUGAUGGAUUACACUGGUCCACGAUUGUAUAAACAACCAGCAACGAAGUCUAAUCGUGGUAUUAUGUUGAAUGCUGUCGAGUAUUGCGUUUUUCCCGGUGUUGUGAACCGAGAGGCGAAGAAACGAGUGCUUGAAGAGAUCAAUCGAUCGGAAAGCAAGCACUUUUUGAUACUUUUCAGAGAUGCGGGUUGUCAGUUUAGAGCUCUCUAUUCGUAUUGUCCCGAUAGGGAAGAGGUGUUCAAGUUGUACGGGACGGGACCUAAGCAAGUCAACGAUAGGAUGUUUGACAAAUUCUUCAAGUACAACUCAGGAGGCAAAUGUUUUUCGCAAGUCCAUACGAAACAUUUAACAGUGACCAUAGAUGCUUUCACGAUUCAUAAUUCGCUUUGGCAAGGCAAAAAGGUUAAUUUACCUAAUAAGAAAGACAUGCCACUUGUCAUUUAAGUCUAGUUCGUUGUUAUUAGUCAUCUAAUCAUUUAUUAAUUUUUUUGUUAACGCUUUAUUAAAUGUUAUUAUUUUUUUAAUGUCGGUUUGCUACUACACAAGAAGUUUAUUUUUAGUUCGUGUCUGAGAUAUUAGAUAAAUCACCUUUUUACCAACAUUGUGUAUUAUAUCAUAAUUUCCCCUGUUUUAAGUAUUAUGUGCCUUUUUUCGCGCUCGCGCCUUGGAUGGUUUUUAUUUCAAGUUGUCGGCUUUUUCUGUGCCAAUUCGACCGCUUUCAUUUCGUUCAAUUUGAAAGUACUAAAACGAGUCCAUGAAAACAACAAUAAAAUUUAUUAUUAGUGUCAUUCCAGUUGUAUUUAUAUUUGAAUAGAUUAGAUGAGAAAAUGCAGGGCUGUUUUUGGCGGACCAACAUUGACUGCGCUUCUGGUGGUGAUAAUUCUACAGUAAAUCGUUAUUUUAAUAAGCUCACCGAGCGGCGAUCACUGUUGGCUUCCACCGCAUUUUUUAAGUCACUAAGAAAAGUCUUUGCUUGGAAUAUAUUUGUAAAUUGUUUGUUUGUACGGAACACUAGCCUUAUAGUGCUUGGAUUUUGUUUUCUUAUUUCGUUUUUUAUACAUACUUAUAGAAAUUGUAUGUUGACUAUCGAUGGAAUCGAUCGUAACUUGAUGCAUAUUUUUCCUAUUGUGAAUAUUCAAUGUAAGUAAUUUCUUUCGUGCAGUUGGAGCGUUUUAUAAAAGAAUCAACCUUUUUACUACCCGUCGCCUACAAUAAUGAUUGCAUUAUGUUGUUUAAUAUGAUGUUACAACACUAAUAUUUCUUUCUGUAAAUAUUAUGUUUUUAUAAUAUACAAAUAUUUAUUAAUUUACACUUAUCGAGUAAAACACUCAAAUGUCAAAAAUAAAAUGUAAUAAUAACCCAA